AUGCCAGGUCAAAUCCCUGAUCCGUUGGUCACAGCCGGGUCUCUUCCCAGCGUCGGUCCGCUGGCCGGCAUCCCCGCCACCACCCUGACAGACCAGCUCAAACUGGCAGAGCUCUACAGCCUCGGUGCGGUUCUGUCUCCUCUCAUCCUGAACCGACACGCCAAGAGACCGUUCGACGUCAUCAAGGGUGAGGAGGAAGGUGAUGAUGAUGAUGAUGAUGAACGCAAGAAAAGAAGGCGAGAGAAAAAUAAAGUUGCAGCUGCUCGCUGUCGGAACAGAAAGAAGGAAAGAACCGACUUUCUACAGAAAGAAUCCGAACGGUUGGAGACGUUGAACUCGGAGCUGAAGUCUCAGAUCGAGGAGCUGAAAUCCGAGAGACAGCAGCUGAUCGUGAUGCUCAACCUCCAUCGGCCCACCUGCAUCGUCCGCACAGACAGCGUGAAAAGCCCCGAGAGCGACGAGCACGUGCUGGAUCAGCGAUUCGAGCAGUCCGACUGA